UUCGCAUCCUCUCUCAUUUCUCUCUUUCAUCCUCCCUCUAAGCCAAUCUCCACCGCACAUUCUGUAACUCCCACCUUUCUCCGAUGGAGGGGCCACGGCUUCCUCCUUCCGCCACCUUCCAUGAAACCGACGAUGACAAACCCGACGAUCCUCUUCCCACCUGGCACCGUCCAACCUCGAGUCUCUCCGCAUUGCCAUCCCAAGAUCAUCCACCACACCAUUGGCGUAAUCAUUCUCUUAAUCUCUCCCCGAUCCUGGACACACCUUCCCGGUCUCUUCCUCCUCCGGAUUCAAUCCCUGAGCUAGAGACCUACGUUGUCCAGGUACCAAGAGAUCAAAUCUAUUGGACUCCUCCUCCGGAACACGCAAAGUACGUCGAGAAACUCCGUAAUAACCCGGAGAAAAACAAAAAGAAUGGGUGUUCUAAACGUCUUAUGUGGUUCUUUAUAAUCUUGAUCGCUUUUGGAUUCAUCCUCGGUGCCAUCACUCUCAUCCUUCAUCUCGUUUUCAACCCCGCUCUUCCCGUUUUCGCGGUCGAGAAAUUAAAUCUAAAACCAAGUAGUUUCGAGGUCACGUUGAGAGCAGAGAAUCCCACGUCCAACAUGGGGGUAAGCUAUGUGAUGAAACCAAACGGUGUCGUUUGGUUAACGUACAAGAACAAGAGACUAGGACGCGGGAAAUUCCCAAAGAUGUUCCAGGCCGCGUCUGGAUCCGACAAGGUCAAUGUGAACCUCGAUGGAUCGACCAAGAACGCGGUUAUGCCGCCUCGGGGAUCGAAACAAGCGGUGAGUUUGGUGCUGAAGAUGGAGCUAAAGGCGGAUUAUGAAGCAGGACCGGUGAAGAAGAACAAGGAAGUGGUGGUGACUUGUGAUGUUAAGGUUAAAGGGUUAUUAGAUGCAAAGAAGGUGGAGAUUGUGUCGGAGAAUUGUGAGAGUGAGUUUAAGGACUGACACUCUCUAUAUUUUUUUUUCUUAUAUAUAUAACGUGAUUAUGUCGUUA